CUCCUCGGCUCUGACAGUCGAGGAGCGUCACCGUCUCUCUCCUGGAUGAUCUCCGGCUGCUCUCUGAUUCGUUCCGCGCUGUUUGGAGCUGGUUAAAACCAAACGGGAAGAAGGUUUGUCUCCAGUCAUGCAGAAGGUGGAGGGACGGGCAACCCCAGUCAACCUGCCUUCCUCCAGGGGCCCGAGCACGCCAGGGUCUCCUGCAACCGGCAUCACGGCCCGGGUGAACGACCAGGUGGUGGGCUACAGAGACCUGGCUGCUCUGCCCAGAGAUAAAGCCAUCCUGCAGGUGGAGAGGCCGGACCUGAUGACUUACCAGCCACACCUGAGCUUCUCCCCGCUCGACCAGCCGCGCAGAGAGCGUUCUCUGUCUCCUCCUCCGUCAUCUCCUCCCAGAUCUCCUGAGUUGAAGCCGCGCAGAGCAGAAAGUGAGAGCGGUUCACCUGGAGGAUCCACGCUGCAGCUGCAGGCCGGACGCAAAAUCAGCGCCAGCCAUCAGCACUUCCACAGACCAGAUAACGGCAUGAACAUCUACAGGAAACCUCCUAUCUACAAACAAGAUGUGAACAAACAUGUGGAGGGACGCGGCGUCAUCCAGUCCGCUAAGUUUCCUGCAGCUCAGCCCCCAGACCCCAACCUGCCGUCCAAGAUAGAGACCGAGUACUGGCCCUGCCCCCCCUCCCUCGCUUCCAUGGAGAUCGAGUGGAGGAAGAAGAAGCCGCAGGAGGAAGACGAUGAGUUUGAAGACCUGACGGACGAAGCAAGGACGCUGCAGGAGCAGGAGCUGGAGAAGAUCAAGUCCAAUCUGGGUCGUCUGAUCCUCAAGGAGGAGAAAGAGAAGGCGAUUCAUUUCCGGAGGAAGACUCAGUCGCUGCCCGACAGAACACACAUGCACACCAGUUUGUCAGCGAGCGCAUCAAAGUCUCCUUCACACUCGGGCCCAGGACUCACCAGAAUGCAGUCUGCAGAGUUUUCCACAGAUGGAGAUAAAGGAGGUCCAGCGGCUCAGAACGGAGAGUCUCGGAGGGACAGGAUGGACAGAGGAAACUCUCUGCCGAGUAUCCUGGAGCAGAAGAUUUAUCCGUAUGAAGCUCUGGUUGUGACCCACAGAGGGCGCUGUAAGCUGCCACCAGGAGUCGACCGCACUCGACUGGAGAGGCAUCUCUCUCCGGAGCAGUUCUUGGAGCUGUUCGGGAUGCCGAUCGCCGAGUUCGACCGCCUCUCUCUGUGGAGACGAAACGAACUGAAGAAGAAAGCCUCGCUUUUCUAACAGGAAGUGACCUCAUGCCUCUGAAAUACUUGAUGAACCGCCGGAGAACAUCAUCAGUCAGACAAACAAACCAAGCGACUCGCCACGUUCAAACACCACAUCCCACAUCUUACUAACCAAUCACGACCCUGGAUGUGUGCUGGCCCCUCCCCCCCUGAGGAUCAGAGUUAACUGAAGGCUGGCCCUGAUUAACCCUUUACUCUGACUAACCCGACCCGAUGCACUGACACUCAUAUUACCUGUGCUGCACUUAUAAUCACCACUGCUUGCAACCAUCCUUGUUAUGUGUCCACUCAUCUUCAUCCUCAUCUUCAUCUUCAUCAUACCUGUGUUCUUGGUUCACUCAGCUCCAGAGGGCUGAACCAGCACGUCAGGGGAGCAGCUAUCCAACUCGUCUGGUGUCAUGAAGUUCACAUUUAACAGCGGUUAGGUUAAAGGUCGAUCACGACCCCUCGGGUCAGAAUCAACGACCUGACGACAACGAAUCACAAAAACAAAUUCAGUCUGGACCAAAGAAAACUUCUGCCACAUCACCCGGAAGUUGAAUCAAACUAAAUAACUCGGAGCCGCGAUACGUUCGGCCUUAGUUUAGGAUUUCAUUUUCUAUGUUCCUGAGGAGGGCGCUGCAGUGGUUAGCUUCGCUCACAGCGAGGAGGUUCCUGGUUUGAAUCCCCGCCUAGAGACCAGUCCAGGGUGUAACCCCGCCUCUCAUCCAAUCACAGCUGCCCCCGAGGGUAAAAGUGGUGUAGAUAAUGGAUGGAUGACCCGGAGGAUUUCUUUCUCUCUCCUGGAUGCGAGCCAGUCAUUAUCUGGACUAGUUAAAAACCAGCUUCAUGACACCAGUCAUCCUCAGACCACCAAUAAGAAACCGACUUCCUGUUUCGGUCCUCUGGCGUUUGUGCUCUAACUUGAAUAAACAGCGGAUCAACGUCACGUCACGUCUGAAAACAUGUAACUGAUUGUAAUAUCUAUUUAUUAAGUGGAGCUUUGUAUUUAUUGGAGGAUUGUAAUUUUUACGGCGCUCUUAUUUUGAAAAUAUUCUUAUUGAUGUACAGUUGUUUUUCUUGCUUUAACGUUUCCUCUCACAGUUUAACAACAGUUCUGACCUCUUAAAGGAGCAGGUCGCACUAAUCCACGUUAUCGUCUUUCUAUUGGAUCGUGUCCGGAGGUAGAAAAAAACGUCUCUCUGCCGCCGGCUUCAUGCUUUUAUUCUGCCGACACCUUCACACCAUCAGUCCUCAUUGUUUCUGUACGACGUAAAGGAUCAAAUAAAUCUGAGAAAACUA